AUGGCCACCCAGAUCCCCGCAAAAUUCGACAUCAACACGGCGUACCGGAUGAACUCAGGCUACGAGAUUCCUGUUUUAGGCUAUGGUGUAUACCAAACCCCUGCCGCAUCGUGUGAAGAAGUGACACUUGAAGCCUUUCGCGUUGGCUACCGGCAUGUUGAUUCCGCACGCGCCUACCGUAAUGAGCAGCCGUGUGCCGACGCCAUUCGCAAUUCUGGGCUGAAGCGAGAGGACAUCUUUUUCACUACCAAAGUGCCACCGAGAAGCCUGAGCUACGAGGGGGCAAAGAAGUCUAUCGAAUCAUCCUUCGCUCAGACCGGCCUCGACUACAUUGACCUUUACCUCAUCCACUCUCCGCAUGGCGGCAAGGAAGCCCGGUGCGGAGCAUGGAAAGCCCUUGCAGAAGCUCAACAAGCUGGCAAAAUUCGAUCAAUUGGCGUCUCCAACUAUGGUGUACACCACCUCAAUGAACUCGAAGAGUACAUCAAGACCUCUGGUGUCGGCGGCACCAUCGACGUCGGUCAAUGGGAAAUCCAUCCAUGGCUUCCACGCGACGACAUCGUGGAAUGGUGCCGUAAGCGUAACGUCGUCAUCGAAGCAUACUGCCCUAUUGUUCGCGGCCAGCGUGCGAAUGAACCGGUUCUAAAACAGCUCAGUGAGAAACAUGGAAAGACAUGGGCUCAGAUACUGCUCAGGUGGAGCUUGCAGAAGGGUUAUGUGCCAUUGCCGAAGAGCGAGACUCCUUCCAGAAUCAAGGAGAAUGCUGCUAUCUAUGACUUCGAGCUUGAUGACGAAGACAUGAAGAGUCUCGAUUUCCCAACCUCCUAUGCUCCUUGCGCCUGGGAUCCAACCACCAGCAACGACUAG